AUGAUAACUGUUUCCGAUUGGAUCCGUUCAUCUUCGAAUCAACACAUCGAUUUGUACAAGCAAUGGUUCAACUUGGCAGAUUCAGAUGGCGAUGGCCGUGUCACUGGAAAUGAUGCCACCAAGUUCUUCGCUCUCUCCACCUUGUCUCGCCCUCAACUCAAACAGGUUUGGGCGAUUGCUGAUACCAAGAGACAAGGUUUUUUAGGUUUUGAAGAGUUUGUUACUGCAAUGCAGCUCAUUUCUGUGGGUCAGGCAGGAUAUGAUCUCAACUCGGAUAUACUUAAAACUGAAAUUGACAGCGACAAGAUCAAACCUCCAGUCUUGGAAGGAAUUGAUGCACUAGUAGCAAAUACAAAGAGUCCGGCAAUAAAUGCACAACCCGAUGUAUUUGGGACUGGCCAGCUUCAGCCUUUUCCACGAGCUGCUUCAAAAUCUGCAAAGAAGUUACCCCUCAAUGCAGUGACAUCAAUAAUAGAUGGCCUGAAGAAAUUGUAUGUGGAGCGGCUAAAACCGUUGGAGGCUACUUAUCGAUUCAAUGAUUUUGUGUCUCCAUUAUUGACCAACAGUGAUUUUGAUGCUAAACCAAUGGUCAUGCUUCUCGGUCAAUAUUCUACAGGGAAAACAACAUUCAUUAAACACUUGCUAAGAUGUGAAUAUCCAGGGGCGCACAUUGGACCAGAACCUACGACUGACAGAUUUGUCGCUGUCAUGUCUGGAACUGAUGAGAGGAGCAUUCCUGGAAAUACUGUAGCUGUUGAUGCUAGCAUGCCUUUUAGUGGCCUCACAAGCUUUGGCAGUUCAUUUUUGUCAAAGUUUCAAUGCUCUCAAAUGCCACAUCCACUGCUAGAUGAAAUAACAUUUAUUGACACCCCUGGUGUCCUCUCUGGAGAAAAGCAAAGGACUCAACGGAGUUAUGAUUUCACUGGUGUUAUAUCUUGGUUUGCUGCAAAAUGCGAUUUGAUUCUUCUCCUAUUUGAUCCUCACAAACUUGACAUUAGUGAUGAAUUUAAGCGAGUGAUUUACUCUCUACGCGGUCAGGAUGACAAAAUACGUGUUGUUUUGAAUAAGGCAGACCAAAUUGAUACUCAACAACUCAUGAGAGUUUAUGGAGCACUGAUGUGGUCUUUGGGGAAAGUUCUAAAUACCCCGGAAGUUGUACGUGUAUAUAUUGGCUCAUUCAAUGAUAAGCCUAUCAAUGAAGGCUUUGUCGGCCCAUUAGGACAAGAGCUUUUUGAGAAAGAACAAAGUGACCUCCUUUCAGAUUUGGCAGAUAUUCCAAGAAAGGCGUGUGACGGUCGGAUCAAUGAAUUUGUCAAACGUGCUAGAUCUGCUAAAAUCCACGCAUAUAUAAUUAGCCAUCUUAAGAUGCAGAUGCCUGCAAUGAUGGGAAAAGCUAAGGUGCAACAGAGGCUUAUAGAUGAUCUUGAAGAUGAAUUUAAAAAGGUUCAAAGGGAGUUUCAUUUACCAGUUGGUGAUUUUCCUAAUGUAGAUCACUUCAGAGAGGUUUUGAAUACUUACAGCAUCGACAAAUUUGAUAAAUUGAAGCCUAAAAUGAUUCAAGCUGUAGAUGACAUGCUUGGUUAUGAAAUACCAGAGCUGUUAAAGAAAUUUAGAAAUCCUUAUGAAUAA